UAUUUGCUUGCGUUCAGCCUCUUGGGUUGUGCGCGAUAGCCUCCAGCUUUGAAAAUUGGGAGCCCUAGAGGACCCCUCCUGCUCCAGACCCCAGGUUCCGGAGCUUCCCCAAGCCCCUAAUAUCUGAACUCUCACCUCCCGCUGUCGGACCCGAGUUGGGGUUGAGUCGGAACUGAACCCCUAAAAGCGGGUCCGCCUCCCGCCCUCGCGCCCGCUCGGAGCUGAGUCGCUGGCGGCGGUGGGCGGCAGAGCGACGGGGAAUCUGCUCUCACCCUGGAUGGAGCUGAACUUUGAGUGGCCAGAGGAACGCAGUCGCCCGGGGAUCGCUGCACGCUGAGCUCUCUCCGCGAGACCCGGCGGCGGCUUUGGAUUUUGGGGGGGGCGGGGACCAGCUGCGCGGCGGCACCAUGUUCCUAGCCACUCUGUACUUCGCGCUGCCACUCCUGGAUUUGCUGAUGUCGGCCGAGGUGAGUGGUGGGGACCGCCUGGACUGUGUGAAAGCCAGUGAUCAGUGCCUGAAGGAACAGAGCUGCAGUACCAAGUACCGCACACUAAGGCAGUGCGUGGCGGGCAAGGAAACCAACUUCAGCCUGACAUCCGGCCUGGAGACCAAGGAUGAGUGCCGCAGCGCCAUGGAGGCCUUGAAGCAGAAGUCUCUCUACAACUGCCGCUGCAAGCGGGGCAUGAAGAAAGAGAAGAAUUGCCUGCGUAUCUACUGGAGCAUGUACCAGAGCCUGCAGGGAAAUGACCUACUGGAAGAUUCCCCGUAUGAGCCGGUUAACAGCAGGUUGUCAGAUAUAUUCCGGGCUGUCCCAUUCAUAUCAGAUGUUUUCCAGCAAGUGGAACACAUUUCCAAAGGGAACAACUGCCUGGAUGCGGCCAAGGCCUGCAAUCUGGACGACACCUGCAAGAAGUACAGAUCUGCCUACAUCACCCCCUGCACCACCAGCAUGUCCAACGAGGUCUGCAACCGCCGCAAGUGCCACAAGGCCCUCAGGCAGUUCUUUGACAAAGUUCCGGCCAAGCACAGCUACGGGAUGCUCUUCUGCUCCUGCCGGGACAUCGCCUGCACUGAGAGGCGGCGACAGACCAUCGUCCCUGUGUGCUCCUAUGAAGAACGAGAGAGGCCCAACUGCCUGAAUCUGCAAGACUCCUGCAAGACAAAUUACAUCUGCAGAUCUCGCCUUGCAGAUUUUUUUACCAACUGCCAACCAGAGUCAAGGUCUGUCAGCAACUGUCUUAAGGAGAACUACGCAGAUUGCCUCCUGGCCUACUCGGGACUGAUUGGCACAGUCAUGACUCCCAACUACAUAGACUCCAGCAGCCUCAGCGUGGCCCCUUGGUGCGAUUGCAACAACAGUGGCAAUGACCUGGAAGACUGCUUGAAAUUUCUGAAUUUUUUUAAGGACAAUACGUGUCUCAAAAAUGCAAUUCAAGCCUUUGGCAAUGGCUCAGAUGUGACCAUGUGGCAGCCAGCCCCCCCAGUCCAGACCACCACUGCCACCACUACCACUGCCUUCCGGGUCAAGAACAAGCCUCUAGGGCCGCCGGGGUCUGAGAAUGAGAUCCCCACACAUGUUUUACCGCCUUGUGCAAAUUUGCAGGCACAGAAGCUGAAAUCCAAUGUGUCGGGCAGUACACAUCUCUGUCUCUCUGAUAAUGAUUACGGAAAGGAUGGUCUUUCUGGUGCCUCCAGCCACAUAACCACAAAAUCAAUGGCUGCUCCUCCCAGCUGCGGUCUGAGCUCACUGCCCAUGAUGGUGCUCACCGCUCUGGCCGCCCUGCUGUCUGUAUCGUUGGCAGAAACAUCGUAGCUUUAUCCAGAAAAACAGUAUGAAAAGACAAAAGAAAACCAAGUAUUCUGUCCCCUGUCCUCUUGUAUAUCUGAAAAUCCAGUUUUAAAAGCUCGGUUGAGAAACGGUUUCACCCAGCUGGAACUCUUUUGUUGUUUUUAAGAAAGCUUCUUGUGGCCCUCACGGGCUUCUGUUGAAGAACUGCUACAGGGCUAAUUCCAAACUCAGAAGGCUCUGGGGCAUGGUGUGGCUUAAGGGGACCAUUUGUAACCUGGACUGUAAAGCAAGCUGAGCUUAUGUUUUUGAUGGUGGUGGUGGUGGUGGUGGUGGUGGUGGUGGUAAUAGUUUUAACAGCUUGAACCCUGUUCUCUCUACUGGCUAGGAGCAGGAGAUGCUAUUGAUAAGGAUUCUUCCAUAUCUUAUUUAAUAGCAGUGAAUUCUAAGGACAUGACUGCAGCCUAGUGUGGAUGGAUGACAAAUGGAGGUUGGCCUCACGAGUGAACGUUGCAGACUCUGUCUUGUACUAAUGUUCACCUUUCUAUGUAUGUUAUCCACAGAGUGUUUAUGUACUACAGACUGUUCUGUGAUCCCCAACGACAACAAAAAAAAAAUCCUUGGUCACAUCCACAUGUAGAACCUCUCAUUUAGCCCAGUAGAAGAGGAUGGGUGUGGCCUUCGCACAGCACCUGGAUUGUUGACUGUUGUUCUCCUUAGCUUUGCUUGAGUGAGAAGCUGAAUAUAAUUGAAGAUCAACUCUUACUGCUUCUUAUACUUACGAGGUCACAUGUAGAACAAACGUUACCAACUAUUAGCUUUCCAACUAUUAGCUAUGUUUUUGAAAGCAAUGACAAUGAUCCCAUGUUUUACUGACGGUUUCAUACACGCAGCCCUUUCCCCUCAUCAGUAGCACCGGCUCCAGCAUCAACUUCAUGCGUGUGACUCAGAAGAAGGCCCCAAGAAGCCCAGUGCUUUAGCAGAAAGCUGCAUCACGUUUCUGUGGACAGGCGGGAGGAAACAGAACAGCCAUCCAUGUCUUAUCUGUCUUGAAAUCAAGGCUGCCUGUAUGUAAGGAAUGGUUAGAUACUUGUAAAGGGUGCCACAGUAGAUGGUGAUAGCCCUGAUACAUUGGUUUUCAUGUUGUCUGGCACAGACAGCUUUGAUUGGGACUGGCUGGCCAUUAGGGAUGGGAUGGAGACAUGCUACCCUCUCUGUUAAAGUCAAACCCUGCCAGGGCACACGGAAGCAUCUUUGCUUCUGACCACAACUUAGAACAGUUUGGAUUCAAGGUCAUCAAACAUCUCCUGUAUAUUGUUCUAUGACCUUCAUGACAUUAUUCUGUGACCUUCAGGACAGACUGUCCCACACAAGAGGAAUGGUAGGUUAUGGAUCUAGAAGGCUAGCACAGGGUCUGGAAAGGUGAACUGAUUGGUACAAAUACACAGAACAGGAGGGGACACUUGAGCUGAGACAUCUGACUUGUUAGCCACACAUCGUCUCCUGGAGCCCUCCUGCUUGCCUAAGCAGACCCUUAGGUAUAUGUCUAAAGACUGCUUUACGUGGUCAGGCUCAGAAUCUGUUAAUGGUUGCAUACUGGCAACCAUGUUUCCUGCCAAGUGAAUAAAGGGGAGGAGAAUUGUCCUUCCAUUGAGUCCUGGGA